AUGGGAAGCGACUUCAGUAAAAAGAUCAAGAGAGAAGGACCACCUGCUCAACGUCGACUCAGUCAUGGGUUCCUCUCAAACGUGGGGGUCUCCAUCACUCACAGACUUGCACACUCGGCUGUGUUUUCUCGGCCCGUGGAACCGGACUGCAGGCCGCCGGUCCCCAGACUCCUCCGGCCUCCAGAGGAAACGGAGACGACCCCUCCAGCUGUCAUCUCUGUCUUUCUGCCCGAGUUCCCACACCGUAAACUUCCUGGACCAGACCAUUUCCAGAUCCUGGGCUUCAUAGCCAAAGGCUCAUAUGGACCCAUCUUGAAAGUAAAGGACAUUUUCAAAGAGAAGACCUAUGCUGUUAAGGUUCUACCAAAGUCAGAUAUCUUGAAGCAUGGAAUACUGGAGCAGUCAAAAGAAGAAGUCAUCAUUCAGCGGCAGCUCAAACACCCAUUCAUCCACAAUCUGCAGGACUGCUGGCAGACACAGCACCAUCUCUUCAUUAUGUGCGACUACUGCAGCACUGGAGACUUGUACACUUACUGGUUACUGAAGGGCCAGUUUGGGGAGGAUGAGGUCCGGCUCUUCGCUGCAGAGCUGGGCAGUGCGCUGGGAUUUCUUCAUGACUUAGGCAUCGUGCAUAGAGAUAUAAAGAUGGAGAACGUUCUUUUAAGUGAUCAAGGUCACCUUCGUUUGUCUGAUUUUGGACUCUCCCGGCGGCUGAAACGAGGAGGAAGAGCGUUUACGAUAUGUGGGACGAUCCAAUACAUGGCUCCUGAAGUUUUAAGUGGGGGUCCAUACAACCACGCUGCUGACUGGUGGUCUUUUGGCAUUCUGUUGUUCUCUCUGGUGACAGGAGAGUUUCCAUUACCAGCAGAGCCGGACCACAGCACUAUGUUGAACAAGGUCACAGAUUUUCCUUAUGUCCUCCCUGAGACCUUCAGCACUCCUCUGAUCUUACUGCUCACAGAGCUUUUGUGCAAGAAUCCAGUGAACCGGCUUCGUAACCUGGAGUGUUUCAAGAUGCAGGCUUUCUUUCGUGGCACUUCGUUCGAUUCUCUCAUCCUUCAGAAGAUGCCAGUUGAAGUCAUCCUGGAACUCAGGACCCAACCUGAUUGGGCAGCCAAAGCAAUGAGAGGCCUUCCAUUGGACUACUUUGAUAACUUUGACUGCGAUAAAAUCCUUUAUUCUCCUACAACUCCCACUGAACUGUCUCCUACAUUGACCAACAUGGACCUGAGCUCGGCUACGGAGAAUUGUAAUACACAAGACUGA